AGAUGACUUCUGAUUUUGCUCCUGGACACCCAUACCAUCUUUGUGCAAAGUUGUUUCUAUGGAUGAGGUGAGAGUGUUAGAAUAUGUGGAGGCCCAGACUAUUUCAACGAAGCGAAAACAAAGGAUUAUUGUGUGAAGCGGUGGAGAGAGGUGAUAUUCGUUCAGUAAUGCGUCUUUUAGAGAUGGGUGUUGACAUCAACACACGUGAUGAGUAUGAGGAUUGCACUCUUCUGAUGCGAGCGUGUUGGAAUAAUCAGAAGGAUAUGGUUGAGUUGCUGCUGACUAAAUCAGCAGAUGUCAACGAGACUAGUGGUGAUGAUGGAUAUACAGCUUUGAUGAUAGCAGUAUUGCAGAGAUAUGAAAAUAUUGUCAAUGUGCUAUUGAUGACCAAAGGUAUUAAUGUGACAAAGGCAGAUCAUAGGGGAAGGACAGCCAUCCAUUGGGCUGCAAUGAGGAAUCGUGUGACCAUUUUAGAGAGACUUCUGUCUUGUUGUUUUUCUGUUGAUAUCAGUGAUAAUGAUGGUCGUACACCACUAUGGUGGGCUGUCUAUAAUGGUCAUGUACGUUGUGUCGAUGUUCUCAUGAAACAUGGAGCGAGUCACCAACAUGAGAGUGAGAGUGACGGAUCACCACUGGAGAUUGCCAAGCGACGUGGUCACAGUAAUGUGGUUGAGAUGAUGGAAGAAGUCAUAAGAUUGAGAUCUCAUGUCUAUGUGGAGAGAGACAUGCCUAUCAUGAGACAGCAAUAUGAACAGAAAAUUGCUGAACUGCAAGAUGAAGUUGAGAAGAGGAAAGAAGAAUUAAGACAAUCAGCCCUGGUCCACGAAAGUGAAGUGACAAGGCUGAGAAAUGAGAUGGAACAGAAAGAGAAGGAAAUCAGAUGUCUCAGAAUGUCAGCAGCUGAUAGAGCUGGCGAAGGUCAAGCGGCUUCUAAAGCUUGGUUGGCGUUGCAGCUACCAGGAGAUGUCAUGCAUGCUGUUGUUGCUCUGGCCGGUGAUCAGUGGAGUGAUGUUGGACUCGAGUUGGAAUACGAAAUGUCUCAAAUCAACUUUAUCACAUCAUCAAUGUCUCUACCCUCCAGCAAGCUACAUGCCAUACUAAGAACAAAAGCUGUUGCUGUUGGUACCAACAAUGUUGUUGGUAUCAUCUUGUCUGCUUGCCAGCGUAUUCCCUUGCCAAUUUGUGCUGCUGCAAUAAGAGAUGAGGUGGUUAGAUGUCAAGAGAGACUGAAAAUUCAGAAUGGUGGACAAUAGAAUAAUUGAUUUUGUCACUUUGUUGUUUGCUUGGGUGAUUGUAGUAUGUGGUUUAUGGUUAAUCAAGUGAUGUGUUACCUUUUGGAAGGAGGCACAUAUUUUCUGUUUGUAAUGCUGCAUACUUUCAUAUGUUAAAUAGAAUUAUUUCAAUAGAAUAGAUUAUGUUAAUAGAAUGA